AUGAACGAGGCAACCUUCCUUGCGAUGACCCGCACCGAAGGCUUUACUAGAUCAAUCUCAACCGACCGCACCUCAUCCCUCCUAGCACAAAUGGUCCUCCUAAACAAAAUUCUCUCCGAAAUCAACGAUUUCAACACCGAAGCUGCCAAAACAACCCUCACCGAAGAAUAUAAAAGAACAACCAUCACAACUCUUUCCGCCAACUUGUCGACCUGGCUCAAAAAUCUCCCCGCAUACAUGCACGAUACACCGUCGAAUCUCGAGUACUACGCCUCCCAAGGUCAAGGACAUCUCUUCGUAACUCUGUACCUAGGCUACUACCACUACGGGCAAAUGCUCUUCUACCGGUUCCUGCAUGAAGAUGUGCGAGGGUACACACCACGCACGCACUUCUACGCAGAGCAAUGCAAAGAGCACGCCGUUCGGCUGUGCGAGAUGAUCUACCGCUCCGAGGAAGUACCAGGGUGCGCUGUGUUGUACAAUAUGGUCGGCCAUGUGCUUGUUAUUGCGUCCACGGUGCAAAUCCACACGUUGCUUUUCGGUGAUGAGGGGAGUGUUGUGAAGGCUCGGGCGAGGCUCGAGAGGAAUUUUAUUAUUCUGACUAAACUGCGUGCGCUGUGGACUACGCUUGAUGUUUGUAUGGAGCGGUUGCAGGCAUUUCAUCGGGCUUGUAGGAGAUCGGUUGAUACUAGUUUUUGUAUGGAUGGGUGGAUGGUGAGGUUUUUGGUUGAGUUUGCUAAUCCAGUCAGGGAUAAGGAUAGUGAAGGUGUGGAAGUGCCUUGGGCUCUGAAGGACAUUGGAAUUGGUAAUUAG